AUGAAAGCUGAUACUGUGCAUCUUUAUCGAGGACAGUUGAUAUCACUCACGGAACUAGAGCAACUUAAGAAAAAUAAGGGAGAAGCACUAUUCAUCAAUAGUUUUCUUUCAACAACAACCGAUCUCGCUGUUGCGAAUAAGUUCUCGGGUACAGGUGCUUUCAGUCAUGAUAAUCCCAUACAGGCAGUCAUUUUUCAUAUUGAAUGGACAGACUUCAGUCCUAAGCAAGGUGUUGCUAUUAUCUGUCGUUUAAGCUUUAAUGGUGACGAAGGUGAAAUCUUCCUUUCUCCAACUCAUACUGUCAAUUUUAUUGAUUGUGUUUACGAUGAGAAAGAACGCGUAUGGAAUGCAAUAUUUAGCCGCAUAUGCCAAGUAGACGAUCCGUUGAUACGAAUCACUGACAAUGAACGUCUUAUGAGACUUGAACUUACAUUAUGUCAUCUCAUCGAAGAAGACGAAUCGCCGAGCAAUGACGAUGAAGGCGAACUAGAUAAAUCUUCUGAUUCAGAUAAGAACAAGUUUGAGUUUACAAGAAAAUUCUGUGCAACAUUUAUCGAAGCUGUGCCAAUCCUUCAACGUGGACUUGAAUUACCAGCACUCUGCAGUAUCACAUUGAAUAGUGAUGAUUCAGAUCGUUUUGAAUUGAAAACACUUCGAUCGUUCACUGCUGAUUCAUUCGAUCAUGGACCAAAAAUUCAUGAUAAAAUGGUUGUUACUUUGUACGAUGCUUUGGCUAAUGUAUUCAAGACGAAGGGAAAACUCAUGGAAGCUUACUAUUAUUAUCAGAAAGCAUCAUUAUAUGACGAACCUCAAUCACAGACAUCUCAUACAAGGCAGGUUAGUUAUUGUUCGAAAGCAUCAUAA